AGGAAUGAAAACCCAGGUCUGCACUUGGAAGGGGAGAAUUCUGCCGCUAAACCACGACUGCCCUUACAGUGCUGCAGAACCCUGGCCUGAAAAUGCUACAUUAUAUCAGCAACUGAAAGAGGAGCAGAUUUUGCUUUCUGACAAUGCUGCUUCUCUGGCUGUGCAGGCCUUUUUGCAAAUGUGUAACCUGCCUAUCAAAGUGGUUUGUAGGUCAAAUGCAGAAUACAUGUCUCCCUCUGGUAAAGUGCCUUUUAUUCAUGUGGGAAAUCAAGUCGUAUCAGAACUUGGCCCAAUAGUCCAAUUUGUUAAAGCCAAGGGCCAUUCGCUUAGUGAUGGGCUGGAUGAAGUCCAAAAAGCAGAAAUGAAAGCCUACAUGGAAUUAGUCAACAAUAUGCUGUUGACUGCAGAGUUGUAUCUUCAGUGGUGCGAUGAAGCUACAGUAAGGGAGAUUACUUACGCUAGGUAUGGAUCUCCGUACCCUUGGCCUCUGAAUCAUGUUUUGGCCUAUCAGAAACAGUGGGAAAUCAAACGUAAGAUGAAGGCGAUCGGCUGGGGUAGCAAGACUCUGGACCAGGUCUUAGAAGAUGUAGACCAAUGCUGCCAAGCUCUUUCUCAAAGACUGGGGACACAACCAUAUUUCUUCAAUAAGCAGCCUACUGAACUAGAUGCCCUGGUAUUUGGGCAUUUGUAUACCAUUCUUACUACUACGGAUGAACUUUCUGAGAAGGUGAAAAACUAUAGCAACCUCCUUGCUUUCUGUAGAAGAAUUGAGCAGCAUUAUUUUGAAGACCAUGCUAGAGGUGGUAUAUCUGUCAGGUUAUCUUAGAGUUAAUUGUUAAUGUAGUUAUUUUUUAAAAACUGAACUUUUGAAAUAUGUGUUACUUGAAUGUAUGAUAGAUAGAUGAUGCUAUUAGAGUUUUAAAACGAAGACUACUUCUUGCUUUGGAAACCUCAAGACAAAUUGUAUAAUGCAUCCUUUCUAUUCUUUCUGUGCACAUUAAAGUAAUUCUGAAUUAUUCCCAUUGAGAUGUUGUUGCUGAUAUUGUGAACUGUUUGUCUCCUGGAAACAUGUAUGCAUAUACAAAAAUAUAAUAAAGCUUAAAUAAAUAUA